AAACCCCUCUUCUCCACCCUCAUAAACCAGAACCCAAGCCAGCAAAGGUAAGAAGAACAACCACAGCAGCAGCGGAAACGACAACAACAACGAAGACGAUGGAACGACUGUCGUUGGUUUUCUCAUUCACCAUUGCACUAUUCCAGAUCCUACAGACAGUCACCGUUGUCACUGCACAGUCUCCAGCACCGGCACCAGCAGGGCCGACCAAUAUCACUGCAAUACUUGAGAAGGCUGGUCAGUAUACAACUUUUAUCCGGCUCCUUAAGAGCACCGCCGUGGCGGACCAGAUCAACAGUCAGCUCAACAACACCAACAAUGGCAUGACCCUAUUCGCUCCAACCGACAAUUCCUUCUCCAGCCUCAAGUCAGGCACCCUCAACAGUCUCACCGAUCAGGAGAAGAUAAGCCUCAUCCAAUUCCACGUCAUCUCCUCCUACAUUCCCCUCUCGCAGUUUCAGACAGCUACCAACCCUCUUCGCACCCAGGCCGGCGAUGUCAGCAACUAUGCGUUCCCGCUCAAUGUCAGCACGGCUGGCAACCAAGUCAAUUUCACUACUGGGAUCGACAAUGCCACGAUUGCCAACACCAUUUACACCGAUGGCCAGCUCGUUGUUUACCAGAUCGACAAGGUGCUGCUUCCGCUCAGCAUAUUCGGCCCUCAUCCUCCUGCUCCGGCGCCUGCUCCUUCCAAGCCCAAGAAGGCUUCCCGCUCUUCGGCUUCACCUUCAUCGGACGAUGCUUCCAGCGCAUUGUAUGUGAAAGUGCAUGCAUUGGAGUCAUUUGCGGUGGCAGCAGCUGCGAUUGCGGCAUUUUGGUUGUGAUCAUUGAUCAUCUGCAUCUCCCUUUCGAUCUCUUUCUCUCUCCCUGUCUGAAUGCUACGAGUGCCGUUGCUUGUGACGUUUUUGGUUUUACGGAGAAGCUUUUGUGAUGAGAACCGUCGGAAAAGUUUGGAUGUGUAAGCUUUCUUCUUUGUUCCUGCUUGUUACCUUGUAAGGUAGGUUUUGUAUUCUUAUUUCAUUCAUCUCGUGCAAUAAAAAAUUUUCAUUUUUGUCA